CUCCUCCUCCUCCUCCGCGCCGCCGCCCCCCUCGGCGCUAAGGACAGUAGUGAGGCAGCUGAUGGAGCUGGCCCCUGGGAUGAAGAAGUCACCAAGUGGUGGGGAGAGUGGAGCUCCUGGUCCACCUGCUCCCGGUCCUGUGGGGGAGGCGUGAUGUCCCGGGAGAGGCACUGCCUGCAGCAGAGGCUCCAGAUGCCCCAGGGAACAAACAGCACCAUGUGUGUUGGCCAAGCCAAACGCUACCAACUGUGCCAGCAGCAGCCCUGCCCAGCCAACACAGCAAGCUUCAAACAGCAGCAGUGCUCCAGUUUCAAUGCCAAAGCCUUUGGGAAGCGCUACUACCACUGGAUGCCCCUCUAUCCAGAUGACUACACCAGCAUCUCCAACAAGCCCUGCGACCUCCAGUGCACCACUCGGAGCGGAGAGAGACAGCUGAUGGCCCGAGCACAGGAUGGUACCUCCUGCAAGGACAGGACCCAUCAAGGAGUCUGCAUCAAUGGGAAGUGUGAGCCUGUGGGGUGCGAUGGGAGCCUGUAUUCGCCCCGGACGAUGGACAGAUGCAGGGUGUGUGGAGGGGACGGCAGCACUUGCCACCGUGUCUCGGGCAGCUUCCGAAAGGCAAUCUCACAGAUAGGUUAUGUGUUCAUCACCAACAUCCCUGCCGGUGCCACGGACAUCCUCAUCAUUGAGCGCAGGAAGACAGAAAACAUCCUGGCACUCGCUGAUGAAUCCGGGCAUUUCUUCUUCAACGGCAACUCUGCCAUUGACAACCCCCAGAACUUCAGGGUGGCUGGCACGAUUUUCAAGUACCGGCGGCCCUCGAGCCUGAACUCAGAUGGGCUGGAGUAUAUCAUAGCUCAUGGGCCCACUAACCAGUCUCUGAACGCCAUGUACUAUAACUUCAAUGGGAAAAUGCCACAUAUAACUUAUGACUACACUGUACCACGGACACCACCACCUCUCCGAACUGCAGCCCCUGCUGUAGACAGACCUCGCUAUCAUCACCUGCUAGAGACCAGCCAGAACUAUCCUGCUCCAGCCAACUCCAGGGCUGCCAAGGACUCCAAUGCCACAUGGCUCUCCCUGCCACCAGAUGACACCAGUGAACAGCUUCCCCUAAGAGAAAGGCAUGCAGAUUUAGGCUUCAGCCAUCCACACUUCUUCCAGACCAACUCCACCAGUCAGCCUCGGGGCUGGGUCUGGGAACAAGGUGAAGAAAAGGAGAAGUAUGACUUCCAGAUAAGACAGGUCUACCAUGCAAACACAGCAGGAGAGGAAGAGGAGGACGAAGCAGCAGCAAUCGGUGGAGAAACAGAAUUGGCCCUCAGAUUCAAUCAGAUUUCCAUCAGCACAGCUGUACCCUACAGCACGAGGAGAUCAGAGCUCUCGGAGAACAGCCACGCAGCGUCCUCCAGGCUUCGUCUCUUCAGGCGGCUGUGUCACCGAGACCUGCACAACACUGCCUUCUGUAGGGAGCUGCAGCACCUGGCAGCCAGGCUGGCCCAGAGGAACUCCACAGCAGGACUAUGGACCCAGACGGCUGCCCGGUGGCUGCAGGGCCUCCACAAAGCACCGUCCCGUAAGAACUCACUGGAGGACUUGAAGGUGGAGGCAUAUGCUGGGAGUCAGGGGGAAGCAAGCAACUACAGCGUGAUGGCAUCUGUGGAGAGCCCUCUGUUAGGUGCCAGCACAACCGCGGACUUCAGCCAGGCAGAGCCUCUGCAAGCCCCUGGCGCUGAAAGCAAUGAGUUUAACAUGAGCCCCGUGGGCCACGAUGAUAUCAGCUUGGCUGACAUGUAUCGCUGGAAGGUCUCAGCUUAUGCCCCCUGCAGCUCCACGUGCACUUCAGCAGGUAUCAGUGCCUCCUAUGCGAUGUGUGUCCGGUACGAUGGAGUGGAAGUGGAUGAAACAUACUGUGAUGCCCUGACCCGACCAGAACCUACUCACGAAUUUUGCACAGGCAGGGACUGCCAGCCUAGGUGGGAGACCAGCCGGUGGAGCGAAUGCUCCAGGACCUGCGGCGAGGGCUACCAGUACCGCACCGUGCGCUGCUGGAAGAUGCUGGCUCCGGGCUUUGACAGCUCCGUUUAUGAUGACCUCUGUGAGUCAGCUGGGCUGGCCAGGCCCAUGGAGAGGAAAGCCUGCAAGAACAAGGCCUGUGGGCCUCAGUGGGAGCUCUCCGAGUGGUCUGAGUGUUCAGCCCGGUGCGGCACCCAGGGGACGAUGAAGCGGGAGGUGCGCUGCUCGGUGGAAGCACCCCUCUGCGACGAGUCCCGCAAGCCCAGCAGUGAGAAGGCGUGCUCAGGACCCCCCUGCGACCGCCGCUGGACUGCUUCCGACUGGGGCCCGUGCUCAGGUGCCUGUGGUGAGGGACGCAUGAGCCGCUUCGUCGCGUGUCGCAACCUGGAGGGCAAGGUGAUCUCUGACGCCCAGUGUGACCCAGCCGCCAAGCCCCUGGCUGUCCACCCGUGUGGAGACAAGAACUGCCCUGCGCACUGGGUGGAGCAGGAGUGGGACCAGUGUGAUGCCAGCUGUGGGCGAGGGAUGAAGACCAGGGUCAUCUUGUGCGCAGGCUUGGAGAAUGGGGUGUACAGGGAGUACCCUGAGAAGCGCUGUGAAGCCUCCCAGAAGCCUGAGGAGCAAGCUGCCUGUUUCAAGAGGCCGUGUUCGACAUGGUUUACUACCUCCUGGUCGCAGUGCAGCAAGACGUGCGGUGCUGGUGUGCGGCUGCGCGAGGUAAAGUGCUACCAGGGGGAAGCGUUGGCUCAGGGCUGCGACCCUGCUUCCAAACCAGAAGCCAGGCAGACGUGCCAGCUCCAGCCGUGCCCCACAGAGGCACCAGAAGAAGACUGUGAAGACAAAGCGACGGCCAACUGCGUGCUGGUGCUGAAGGUGAAGCUGUGCUCUCACUGGUACUACAGGAAGGCUUGCUGCCGGUCGUGUCGGCUCAAGUCACCCUGACUACUACCAGCCUGUAGUUCCCUUCCAAAUUCAGGGGCAAGAGCCCCCUUGAGCCAGACUUUACCACUUGAAGCCACACCACUUGGCUUGGCUGUGGAGCCAGUCCCUGUAGACGAGCCUGCUCAGUGAGGAAGGACUCCUAGGACUUAGUCAUCACCGUUCCCUCUCCACCAAGAGGUUUUUAUUCAAAACAAAUGAUCAGUUCCUAGAAAGCUACUGAGAAG